GGCGGUGCGACUUGGUAGCUAUGUACUGUCCUUGCCAUAACACGCCGAAAAUCGCUGUCAUCAACGCUGGUUACAUUUGCCUCACAUGGUCCAUCGACAGGGACAACCACUCCAUGCUUUCAACUCCCAUAUCGCAUCAACGUGUUUGCUCACGUUCGGGUCUUCCACAGUCUGUCUCGCCAUGGACAAGGAAGUAUUCAAUGUGCUGCUUGACCUGUACACCGCUGCUGCAUGGCGUGUAUCAUCCAGACUUCUCCCUCUCCCUGAUCCUUCUACUAAGGAAUCCCAUGAGCUUGCUUCCACCGCGCUCAGCACUUGUCGUUCUGUAGACAGGCUUGGCUUCGACAUGGCGUAUUUCCCUGCUCAUCUGCUCUCUUACCUCGUCCUCAACUGUGGGCCCAAAUUCUGUAAGUGCGGGUGGAGCGGUUUGGGGCAUAGACGCUUUCCGCAACACCCCACCGCUGGUGAAGGGGCUCAAUGGCCUUUUCUUGCGCUCAAUGUCGAACUCCGCCCCAUUGAUGGUGACCGUAAGUUUUUUCUUGAGACGUUGACGAGCAGAUUUCGGUGAUCGAGUGGGCGAUGCAGGCAUUUCCGGGUCAAGCUGACGACAUCCGUCCGGUGCCUUUUUUUCUGCCGGACGAGAAGAUUUGGGAGACCACGGGACCGACGAAGGUAGCUCUUCAAUGCUAUCCUUGGUCCUGACACUUAAUGAAUCGUCUGAAUCAC